UCUCUCUCUCUCUCUCUCUCUCUAAAAUGGGAUUCCCCGUAGGGUACCCUGAAGUAUCCGUCUCCAACCUCUUCCUCUACACACUCCCUCUCCUUGCCUUUCUAAGAUCCAUAGCCAUAACCUUCCUUUCUCUCCUCCAUCUCUCCGACAUCCUCGACACCGAUUUCUCCGUCAUAUCUUCAUCUGAAUCUCACCUCCACCGUCCCACUCUCUCUGCAAUCCUCAUCCGUCAAUUCCUACCUGUAGUCAAUUUCAGUGUCAUCGCCGGAGACUCGCCGCCGGCAGCGGAGUGUGCGGUGUGUUUAAACGAAUUUGUCGGAGAAGAAGAGAUUAGGUGUAUGGCGAACUGUAGACAUAUUUUUCAUCGGACGUGUGUUGACCGUUGGAUUGAUCAUGAUCAGAAGACGUGUCCACUUUGUAGAACUCAUUUUGUACCUUAUCAUAAAAUGGAAGAUUAUAAUCAACGGUUGUGGGCUGCUUCUGCAUCUGAUGAUGAUGAUUAUGAUGUUUCUCUUUUUUCUCUACAUGAUGACCACAUUGCUACUUCUUCAUUCUGAGUUCUUUUUUUAACCUUUUUCUUUCUCCUUAAAUUUUUUUUGGAGUCUUUCUUUCUUUUUUGGGGUGGUGAAUUUGUAUAUAAAUUAAACCAAAAAUAUAAUUUUUUGGAUAAAAAGAGAGAAAUUAUAAUUUUAGAUCAAAGUAUUGGAACCCUGACUCUUCAUACUUUCCAAUUGAGUUAUUAUUUG